AUGGCCACCGUAACCGCUUUGAUCCGACAUUCUGGUUUUUGGAAAGAUCAAAAUUGUUACGUUAACUACAAAAUAGAUGCAGUUGUAUUCUGUGAUUAUUGCAAAUACGAUGAACUGGUUGCUACGAUUUCAACUCAACUUGGUCUGGAUAGUUGCAGAAACAAAAUCUCAAUAAAAUAUGUUGUUGAGGGAGAUACUCAACCAAUGGAAAUACACAACGAUAUGGGAGUUAGGGUGUAUGUUGAACUUAAGAGGGAAAAAAGUGUUUUGGGGAUGUAUCCAUUGUGUGUCAGUAUUACAGAUAAUGAUGUUGAGGAGAUUGCAACUGGUGAGUGUGUUUUUGGAGACGAUGUGCUUCAACUUGGAUACGAUGAUAAUUUGGAGUUUAUGGAUGCGUAUGAUUCGAAUGAAUUAGAUCUGUCUAAUUGUGGAAAGGCUGUUGUGUUCUUAGAUGAGGACAACAAAUUGAUUAUUUCCAACACAGAACAGAAGGACAUUUUUGUAGAUCAAAUUUACAAGGAUAAGGAUACAUUGAAACUGGUAAUGGCGAAUUAUGCUAUCCGAGAACGAUUUAACUACAAAACUGAGAGAUCAAAUGCUAUAAGCUAUACAGUCGUAUGUAUGUCGCCUGAAUGUGAAUGGAAAUUACGAGCGUCAAGUGUUGGAAAAUCUGAACUGUUCAGAGUUAGGUAUUUCCAUGACCAACAUACAUGCCCUUUGAAGGACAAGGUAUAUUCACAGAGACAAGCAACAAGUUGGUUUAUUGGGGAAUCGGUUGUUAAGCCGAAAAUAGCGAACCACAAGAGGAAAGUUAGCCCUGGGGAUAUAAUGGACGACGUAAAAAAUGAAUUCGGCGUAUAUGUUUCUUACAUGCUGGCCUGGAGAGCAAGAGAAAAAGCUAUGAAUGAUUUGAGGGGGGAUCCUGCUGCUUCAUACAAUAAAUUGCCGGCAUAUGUGUAUAUCCUAGAAAAAACAUAUCCUGGAUCAUAUGUUAAAAUGCAUAAAUCAUGUGAAAAUGAGUUCCUGUAUUUCUUUGUUGCACUCAAAGCAUUCAUAAAGGGAUUCGAGUGUUGUAGACCAAUAGUGGUAGUGGAUGGUGCACACCUUAAAAGCACGUAUAAUGGUACAUUUGUAUCCGCAAGUACUUUGGAUGGUGCAGGUAAUAUUCUACCACUGGCAUAUGGUUUGAUAGAUUCGGAAAAUGAUAAGUCCUGGACUUGGUUCUUUGAGCAGUUCAAGCAAACUUAUGGUAUUAGGGAUAACAUGUGUGUCGUAUCCGACAGACACGAAAGCAUAAUCAAAGUUGUGUAUCGGGUGUAUCCUACUGUUCCUCAUUUGGCCUGCAUAUGGCAUUUGUGUAAAAAUGUGACUAAGAAAUACAAGUCGAAUGAUGAAGUAUUGAGUCCUGUGUUUUAUUCACUUGCCAAAGCAUACACACAGGAUGAGUUCGAUAAACUGAUGGAAAAGAUUGAGAAUGUUGAUAUACGAGUAAAGGAAUAUCUGGAUGAUGCUGGAAGGGAGACAUGGUCUAGGCUAUAUUCACCUGUUAACAGAGGUUGGACGAUGACUUCGAAUAUAGCGGAAUGUAUUAAUGGAAAACUAGUAGCGGCAAGAGAGUUGCCUGUAUUUGAUUUCCUUGAAGAAGUUAGGAGGAUGUUUGGGAGAUGGAAUUACACAAAUAGGAAAAAUGGUACAUACACAUUCUCCACACUUUCGAGACAAUACCAAGAAAUGCUCUCAAUGAACGAGUAUAAAUCAUUACGCAUGAGGGUUGAAGCAUCAACUGAAUAUGUUUAUAUGGUUAAUGAUGGACCGCGACGUUUCAUAAUUGAUUUGAAGAGGAAAACUUGCAGUUGCAGGAUGUUUCAAAUGGACGAAAUACCAUGUUCACAUGUCUGGGCUGUAUUAAAGAGUAAAAAUCUAACGGCUGAUGCAUAUUGUUCAGAAUUAUUCAAGCCAAAUACAGUGGUGAAUACGUAUGAUGUGCCGAUUGAUCCACUUCCCGACGAGAGCGAGUGGAAUGUUCCAACACACAUAUUGGAUGAGGUUGUUCUGCCACCGAGAUACAAGCGACCUCCUGGUAGGCCAAAAAAGAAAAGGGAUAAGCCAUUAAUGAAGCUGAUGAUUGGUAAACGUAGGAAUGCUUGUAGUACAUGUGGACGCCUUGGUCAUAACAGGCGUUCGUGUGGCAAUGAGCCACUUAAGAAGAAGAAAAAAAAAUGUCUAGUGUUAAUUUGUAUUUUAUUUCUAGUACAUUUGUCCGAUGAUGUUUAA